CUUCUUUCUCAGCUCUCUGUGAAAUUUCAGUCUUUUUCUUAGGUGUUCAUCUCGGUCUCAUAUCCAAACAUGGCUUACGGCACUCUUGAAGUUGUUCUCGUUGAUGCCAAAAACCUCCAUGACACUGGUCUUCUCACUAAAAUGGAUCCCUAUGUCAUUUUCUCUGUGAAGACCCAAGAGAAAAGAAGCACCGUGGCCAAAGGGCAAGGAUCCAACCCGGAAUGGAAUGAAAGCUUCUUAUUCACAGUGACUGAUGAUGUAACCGAGAUACAUUUGAAGAUAAUGGACAGAGAUACCUUAUCCUCAGAUGAUUUUGUUGGAGAAGCAACGGUUCCUCUAGAGCCAGCAUUGCUCACUCACGGCAGCCUUCCACCAACUUCAUACAAUGUUUUCAACAAGCACCAGAAACAUCGUGGAGAAAUCAAAAUAGGCCUCAAUUUCACUCCUGAUCCUCAUCAGAACUGUUGAAGAACCUCUUUUCUUUCUAGACCAUAAGCCGGUGCUGCUGAGGACAGAGCUAUAUAUAGGGGAUGGAAAAAAUCUUCAACGGUUCAUCUUGUAGCAGAGUGUAAUAAUGAAUAAUAUAUGCUCAUUUUUGCUAUCUGAGAGAAUAAUAAAAAAACUUAUUGUACUGUUCUGUA